UGGCGGAUCUGAUUGGUCAGGAUUGUUUUAUCCGGUGUCCGGAUGAUGACGACCAGCCACAUAAAUCUUUUGCAUGUCACAGCCGUGCCGCAUGAACAAGGAUUUGACGUUCUUCGAGGCAAUCGCCAAGUCGUUCGAAGGCCUUUCGCAAUGGUUCGAUGCUGCCACGUCAAGCAGAACUCCUUCGCGGAAGGGGUCGGACUGCACCAAGAGCCUGCCACCUUCCACUGUGUCCCAGAUGACAGCAGUCAUCGUACCAGAGAGCGCCAUCAAGAAGCAUAAACUUGACCACGAACUGUACGUGUCGACGUACCCGUCGUUGGACCCUCCCUCGGUUCUACCGCUCAACGAAGUCAAGGUAGUUUGAUCCAGUUCCAGUGUGAUGCGUAACAUGGUCGCGUGUGGUUGCAGGACGCAACUGUGUUGCCCAUGCACGCUGAGGAUGUCCAUGACAUAGCCAUGCGAUUCCAACGAAGCGUGUACGUGCGAAAGAAUCCAAACAUCGCGUCAGCGCGCAGAAUGCAGCAAGAAGCCAUGCACAUACACAUGACCAACACGACCGAGUACACCCGCCACUUGGCGCGACUCGAUCGAUUAGACAAGUCUCAACUCAACACAGUUCGUCCCCGCGCGUGGAAGCGCAUCGCUCAGGCCAACAUAAAGCUGUCCGCCAUGGACGCGCUCGUCCGAGACUUUGAACGGACUGUGCGGCCCAAGGUCGACGUCGUGAUAAAAAUCCUCGCCAAACUUGACGCGUUGAAAACGUCCAUUGUGGUCGCCGGGCAAGAUGCCGUGUCGCUCCUGGUCAGGGAGCUCCAAUUGCUAGAGAUGCCGCUGCGGGGAUCGUUUUCUGGUGUGUUUCUGCACGUAUUUGAGUACUUGACCACGGCAGACAUUGUCCUCCGGUGUCAACUGGUUUCGACCACAUGGAAAAACGCGAUCGCCGCCAACCAGGUCGUGUCGCGCUCCAUGCGGUCCGGUCGCGUCCGCGGCAGGCUGUGGCAGCAUGCUAUCGAGUCGCACGUAGCAAGGAUGGCUAUUCGAACGUCAGUCGCCCAAACAAGUCGUUCCUCGCACCAGCCGGCCGUGUGGUGCUAUCACACACUGCUCGACCGUGCCAUCAAAGAUAAACACAAUCGAUUCCACCGCACGAUAAUCGCUGAUGUGAAGCGCACAACGUUUGUGCGUGCCGAGCACAUGUACCCUCGGACUCCAUCUCUGUCUGGAACGGGCCGUCUCGGGGCGCAAGUCGACAUGUCCAGCGAGGAUGUCGAGACCCUCCACGGCCUCCACACCAAGCUCACCCACGUCUUGAUGGCGUAUUGCCAGCUGGACCCGUUGGUGGGGUACUGCCACGGCAUGACAUUCCUCGGCGCGAGUCUCCUGACGUGCUUGGAGUACGACGACGAAGCCACAUUUCAAGUGUUUGCCGCCGCCAUGCAGCACUACGCGAUGGCAGACCUCUUCCACCUGCCCGACCUACCAGGCACGACACAGCGCAUGCACCAGCUGCACAACCUCAUUCGCGCCCACUUGCCCUCUGUGGACAAGUGCCUUCGCAGCCAUCGCAUCCAUCCGCACAUGUUCUCGAGUGGAUGGAUCAUGAGUCUGUUCCUCAACGAGCCGUCGCUGUCGCCAUGCACGAUCGGCAUCCUCCUCGACGGGUUCUUUCAAGGCGGGUGGCCACACAUGUUUCGCAUCUACAUGGGUCUCCUCAGCAUCCACGCGGACGCGCACAUCAUCACGCCGCAUGCGAACCGCACGUUGCGGGCGCUCGUGCAACUGCCGAAACACUUGGAGGCGUCGCUAUCGGCCGUGCUGGACGAGGGUCGGGUGCAAUUUUCCCUCGCCACGUCCGACGAUGCGUUGGACAUCAUGGCGGCGCAAAACGGCCCGACUGCGGGCCCCGACUACUUUUAGCAGAUCGCAUCGUAUUCAAGGGUUAUGUCGCCGUGCCGAUCGUUCGCCUUCCAGACUUCUUGUCCUGGCAACGACAAGCUGUCUUGUCACUUUCACGACGACAGGCACUGCCGCCAACGGACCCCCUUACUCGACCUUGAUAUUUCGGUAUAUUCUCUUGGUGAAGAUGCUGCUUCCAAAGUACCCGAUCGUUCCGCACAUGAUGAAAAAGGCAAAGCAAAAGAGCGCCCUACACAAGUCGUCACGAUGCGCUCGUCGCGAUCGCCAGCACGUACAUGUAGCCAAAGUAGAAGCUCGUUUGGACGAACCCAGACAUGCUCGUCUUGAAAAAGUAAAAGUACACCGAGUACGCAAACACGUACAGCGCGGUGCUGCC